AGUAUAAGGUGAUGAGAAAAAUUCUAGAGAGGUACAAGGAAGAAUAUGGUCAAAUUUGGGAAUAUGUUGGAGAAUGUAGGCUGCAAAACCCGGAUAGUCGAGUUUAUGUUGAGGUUGUGGAGCGGCCACUGCCUAACCAUGGGACUAACUUUGACCGAAUUUAUAUUUGCUUUGAUGCAUGCAAGCGGGGAUUUGUUGCUGGUUGUAGACGAGUCAUAGGGUUAGAUGGAUGUUUCUUGAAGGGUGUGUGCAAGGGAGAAUUGCUGGCUGCCAUUGGGAGGGAUGGCAAUAAUCAGAUGUUUCCAAUUGCUUGGGCUGUUGUGAAGGUAGAGAGCAAGGACACUUGGUCGUGGUUCCUGAAAAAUUUGAUGGCAGACCUUGAGAUCACUAAUGGAGGAGGUUGGGCAUUCAUGAGCGACCAACAAAAGGGACUUCUUCCUGCUCUAGCUGAGUUGAUGCCAUUUGUUGAACAUAGGAUGUGUGCGAGGCACAUAUAUGCAAACUGGGCAAAGAUCUACAAAGGGGAGAAACUACAGAAGCAAUUUUGGAUGAUAGCUAAGAGCACCAACAUGGCUGAUUUUAGAAUUCACAAACAGCAGCUGCUUGACUUAACGAAGGACGGUUAUGAAGCACUUUUUCAAACUGAACCCAAGCAUUGGUGCAAGGCCUUCUUCAGUGAAGAAUUCAAGAGCGAUAUCAUUGAUAAUAAUCUUAGUGAAGCCUUCAAUGGCAGAAUUUUAGAGGCGAGGUGCAAACCAAUCAUCAGCAUACUUGAGGAUAUUCAAGUGAUAGUCAUGACAAGGCUGCAAAAACAGAGAGAUGAGGCUGCGAAGUGGACUGGACAGUGUGGUCCUAGGAUUGCUAAAAGAUUGGAUGACAACUUGGCGAGUAUUAGGUUCUGUCAUCCUAUCUGGAAUGGAGAUGAUGGCUAUGAGGUCAUGGAAAAAACAAACAAGUAUGUUGUCCAAUUGGACAAACUAAAGUGCUCAUGUCGAGCUUGGCAACUUUCUGGAAUUCCCUGCACACAUGCUAUUUGUGCCAUCCAAGCGAAAUACCAAAAUCCCAAGGAUUACCUGCAUGGUUACUACCACAAAAGCACGUAUCUUGCUGCGUACCAGCACAUGAUGCAGCCUAUUAGAAGUACAAAAUUCAGGGAGCCGACAAAUUAUGAAGCCCCUCAUCCUUUACCACUUAAGAAACAAAUGGGAAGGCCUAAAAGGAGACGAAGAAAGUAG